AAUUAUGUACGCAUUUAUUUCCCAUUGCUAUUUUAGCAUUGACAUUUGAUUUCCUUUUGUUGAAACAUAUAAAUAAGAGUGAUCUAGAUAUUUGAUUUUGUUCUUGGUAUACAGUGAUACAGUUUGUUCCACCACACACCAUUGGUACCGUAUAAGUUUUACAUUAUGAACCCUAACAUGACGUGGAUGACUAUGAUAAUCCUUAUGGUAAACAGUUUUGGAAUUUGCUACAGCGAAGGUUCAGGUUCCAGGCACAAAAUUUCCAAAAACAUAACUUUACAUCAAUCCCAGGAAUCAUCCAUUAAAUCCCCGGGGUAUCCCACAAAGCAUUACGAGAAAGACCCAGUCUACAUAUGGACCGUGAUGGCCCCGGGAACCACGGAGGAGAUCACUAUCAAUAUAUUAGACAUGGAUAUUCAUUACACUCCAGGAUUCCCUUGUGGCGAGUAUUUGAAGAUACAAGACACAGAUGAUGAGGACUUCGCAAUAUUCAAGAAAUGUUGGAAAUUAAGGCAUAAAACUGUUGUUACUACCGGAAACAAAUUGAAGAUAACGCUCUUUUCUAAUUAUGACGAUCUUACAGGAAAAGGAUUUAAUCUAAUUUUGAGAGUCACUAAAACUAAGCAAAGAACACAAACAACAACCAAAGGCAUUCCAAUAACUAUUCCAGUUCCCAUGACGUCACCAGCAUCGGUGCAAACUACAACUAAACGUUUCGGUAAUCUUUUGAAUGCCUCUAAGAUAGAAAAUAAUGUUUAGAAUUUUCCAUUUUAACGAAAAAUAUUUAAAGAUAAAACCUAUGCCAGAAUUUCACCAAUAAAACACGGAAUUUCAUUUUUGUUCUGUCUAAAACGUGGCAUACCUGGUACUGGAUUAUGUGACAUCAUCAUUUUCAUUUCCUCGAUUCAUCAAUUAAAUAACAACAUAUAGUACAAUGUAAU